CGGGUCCUCCCAGCCGCUCCCGGGCCCUGCCGACGUGGCGGGGCGGGGAAGGGCCAGGGGGCGCUCGGGGGACCAGCUCUGCGCUCGAGCGAAAUAAAAAUGUCUGAAGACACAAGUAACACUAUAGCACCAGAAGAAAAAACAGAAAUAACCACGAUGCCUGAUACAGAUUCUUUACUUGAGGAUGCUGCGAUACAUCAUGAAACGACCGAUAUUUUGAAUGAAUCGUUACCAAUGGGACUGAAAGAAGAAGAAGAUAAAAGCAUCAAAGUAGAAGAUGAAGAGGUGGCUGGUACCCAGCAUUCCAACAAUCCUACAGAAGACAUAGCUGCAAAGGAACCUCCUUCUAAUGGUGAAGUGACAGAAGAUGUACUUGUUGAGUGCAUCGAGUCUGUAAGUCUUGAGCCAGAUCCUGCUUCUGAAGUGUUGAGUGAGCAAAGCAACCAAGAUGAGGAUUCCUCUUCUCAAGGAAGUGGGUGGACAGGAUGGGGAUCUUGGGGAAAAUCCCUUUUGUCAUCUGCAUCUGCUACGGUUGGUCAAGGAUUAACAGCAGUUAAAGAAAAAGCAGGGGCCACUCUCAGGAUUCAUAAUUCAAAUUCUAGGUCAUCUGAAAGUGAACCGGUGGAUACAGACAAAACACUCCAAGUAACAGAAACUGGUGUGGAUCAGAGCACUGAAGAGGAUCCGCCCUCUUCCCCAUCAGGAUCCCGAGGGAUGCUCUCAACUAUCACCAACGUUGUUCAUAACACGGGUAAAAGUGUCUUAAGUGGGGGCCUGGAUGCUUUGGAAUUCAUCGGCAAGAAAACCAUGAAUGUUCUUGCAGAAAGUGAUCCAGGUUUUAAGCGGACCAAAAUAUUGAUGGAGCGAACAGUUUCUUUAUCUCAGAUGUUACGGGAAGCAAAAGAGAAAGAGAAGCAGAGAUUGGCUCAACAGCUCACGGCAGAAAGGACGGCACAUUAUGGGAUGCUUUUUGAUGAAUAUCAAGGUUUGUCCCACCUGGAAGCGCUGGAAAUUCUCUCUAAUGAAAGUGAACUCAAGAUUCAGUCAUUUUUAGCAUCACUUGAUGGAGAGAAACUGGAGAGCAUUAAAAAUGACUUAAUUGCUAUCAAAGACAUCUUUACACCAAAGGAAUCAGAGAAUGAAGAAAAUCAAGAAGAAAACGAUGAAAAGGGAGAAUUUGUUAGCAUGCUAACGGAACUUCUCUUUGAGUUACAUGUUGCAGCGACUCCUGACAAACUCAAUAAGGCUAGAAAAAAGGCUCACGACUGGGUGGAAGAAGCCCAAACUGUGACAUCAGUUGAUGUGGUUGAACAGCCAGUGGAGAAAACUCCAGAGGAUGAAGAAGAGAAUCCUAAAGUCCUUGAAGAAGAAAAUAAAGAAGAAGAAAAGAAAACCAAGACCCUAGAGGAAGUGUACAUGUUAUCGAUUGAAAGUCUUGCUGAAGUAACUGCACGCUGUAUUGAACAGCUUCAUAAGGUAGCAGAGCUAAUUCUUCAUGGGCAAGAAGUGGAAAAACCAGCUCAGGACCAAGCAAAAGUUCUUACCAAAUUAACCAGUGCAAUGUGUAAUGAAGUGGCUUCCUUAUCUAAGAAGUUUUCUGACUUUUUAACCAUGACUGGGAGCAACCAGAAGGCUGAGGUCCUCAACCCAAUGAUCAAUAGUGUUUUGUUAGAGGGUGCCAAUAGUACUACAUACAUCCAGGAUGCUUUCCAGCUGUUGCUUCCUGUUCUGCAGAUUUCACAUAUCCAAACCAAUUGUUUGAAAGAAGAGCAGUGACAGCUGCCAGAAUCCAUCAGCGUGUAAAAGGAAGCCCCGGUCACAUCCUUGUCAUGUUUGUGGUUAAGGGCUGUCUUCAGAGAAAAGUGGCUCCCGAAGGCCCAUCACAGGACACUACAGCAGUUUUGCACAGACAGUAUUGAAAUAAAUGUUUAAAUACAUUUCUCUUAAUGUAUAUGGUUGUUAGAAUAGCUUUUUUUUUGCAAAUAGUAAUAUUUUCUUCAUAUUAAUUUAAACUUGAAUGGCAAGUAUAUUCAAAAUAGUGUUGGCUUGAUUAUAUCUCCUCAUAAAAAAUAAUUCCUGUGCUUUAAUUGGUAAAUCACACUGGGUCUAGAGAUCCCGGGAUCUUGAAUUCUUAUGCAGAUUGUUUCAAAUUUCCUAUUCCUCAAUUUUUGUGUUUAACUUAAAUUUUCUACUAAAUUGUGAUGUAGAAAACAUAUCUUAUGAAAUUUUUAUCUAAAUAGUAAGGCAGAAUGGUAUAGCGGAAAAGCACCCAGUGUAGGGCGAUAUAGGGAACCUGAACUCAGGCUCUGCCAAUGGUGUAACCUUGAGCGAGUGACUUAAUUUCUCCAGUCUCAGGUGUCUCAUUGUAAACAUAAGGUGCUUAGUCUAGAUGAGAAGUUCUGAAUUGUUUUUGUGUCAUGGACUCUGCUGGCAGUCUGGUGAAGCUUAUGGAUCCAUUCUGAGAAUGUUUUUAAAUAAAGUGGAAACCAAUUAUAUUGAAAUACAGUUAUCAAAAUAUAUAUUUUUUAAAUUUACAGACCUCAAACUAAGAAUUCUUAGACCAAAUGAGCUCUGACUUUCUAUCCAGUUCUAAAAUUUUGUGACAGUAAAAAUAAAAUAAAAUUCUAUGACAAUAUACACUGUCUAAUUAUGUACUCAAGAGAUGUAAUCAGAUCUGUAAUAAAGAACUUUUAAUUUGAGUUCUACUAUAAUUUACUGAAUCUGAAAAAAUAUUAGCGGUAUCCCUACAGAACAAAGUGUAGAGGGUAAGGAAAACAGAAACUUGAGUUUAAUAAUUGGUUUCUUGUUCAUUAUAUAUUUUUCCAAUUGACUUGUAAUGUAACAAUCUGGUGCUAUUAAAUGAUUUCAUACCAGAAGAGAUUUUUAGUUAUUCAGCUGUUUAGCUGAAUAAAUUUGAAUUGAUUUGAAAACUGCAUGACAACAUAGCUUUAUCAGACUGAAAGCUCUUUGAGGGUAGGAACUGGUCUUAUUUGCUUAUUUUGCUUUUUAUCCCCAGAAUUUAACACAGUACCUCAAAAAAAAGCGCAUAAUAAAUAUGAAUUGAAUCAGCAUAAGUAUCAUGGUCUUUGAAAUGAAAUUGCUAUUUAUGAAUUCAUUUAUAUAUGGAGAUGAUGCUUACAUGACUUGAAUAAUAAGUAAAACCCUUAGGAAACUGUUUCAGUUAGUUUACCAUCUGAGGGAGAGGGGAAAAGAAAAAAGAAGGGAAAGAUAAAAUUUAGAAUUCAAAACUUUUUAAAAAAGAAUGUUAAAAAUCAUUUUUACAUAUAAUUGAGGAAAAAAAUAAAAUAUUAGAAGACUUUCAUAAGUCAUCACUACAAAAGGUUGUUCACAUUUAUGACUCUCUCACCUUCAAUGUCAAUUGUGCUGCAAACUCUGACUACUACUCUCUUCCCUGUUGAGCUCUGUUGAAAAUCCAGAAAGGAUUAUCACGAGAUUUAUCCAGUGAAUCCACUCAAUACCACAUAAGACCAUCUGGUUUACAAACCUUCUCACAACUACAUAUUCUUUCACACAUAUAUUCUUUUAUUUAUUUCUCUGGUAGGGUAUCUCCAGCCCACACACACUUCCACCCUCACAAACCCCUGUUGUGUAGUGUUCUAUUCCUCAGAAUUUCAUGUAUCAAGGGUUUGAUGGCCUAGAAAGCCCCAAAGAGGAAAUUAUAAAAAAGCACUGCUAUAGAAUCUGAAAAAAAAAACAUGUUUUUCUGUGGGAAGCUUCCAUUAUAAUAACCUGAAUUAAGUAGUGUUUUAUAAAUAUUAUCUCAUUUUAAGCCCCCCAAAUCCUCUGAGGUAAGCUUAUUAUUUUAUAGAUGAGAAAACAGUCCUGGAAAUUUUAAUUUGAGUUCUACUACGAUUUACUAAAUCUAAAAAGUAUUGGCAAUAUCCCUAUAGAACAAAAUGUCUUAAGGAAAAUAAGAGACUAUCUUUAAUACUUGAUUUCUUGCUCAUUAUAUAUUUUCCUAAAUGAUAUAUAAUGUAUCGAUCUGGUGCUAUUAAAUGAUUUCUUACUGUACGAAGAGAUUUUUAGUUAUUCAGCUGAAUAAACUUGAAUCGAUUUGAUAAAUUCAUGAUCACAUCAGACUUUAUCAGACUAUAAACUCCUUGAGAGUAGGAACCUUGUCUUGCUUCCUGAAGAACAGUAUGAGGGUUAUAAAACCUCUGUAUUUGCUUUUCAAACGCUUAGUGUGCAAGCAAGAGAAGAAUAUAUGCAGAAUCGUGUUUGCUGUAAGAUAUUGCAAUUCCAAAGAGCCUUGCAGACAUUAAAUUAAUUAAGUGUGGAAUUUUAAAAAGGUACUUGGAGCCAAGAGCAAGAUUUCACUAGUUAGAUUUUUAAACCCACAGGGAAAGAUUACUUUCAUGGGUAGCAGUUAAUGCAACUUAAACAUCCUGAUAUCCAGAAGAAGAAAAAAGCUAUUCAAAAAUUGCAAAAAUAAUGUCUCAUUCUAAAAGAACUGUUUUACUUCAAGAUGCAUUUUUUCUGAAAAUAGGCAAAUCCAUAACAGUUUCUAGGCAUCUGGUAUUAUGUAUUUUCAUAAUAAAAUAAUCACUUAAAACUAUUCUUUUUUCCUCAAACUAUUCCUUUUUUUUUUUAUCAAUUACACUUUCUUCAUGCUUUUUAUCACUUAUUUUGAUACUUGAAAAGAUUCAAUAAAAAGCUAUUAAAAAUUUUUUAAAAAGAAAAGAUUCAUGAUAUAAUUGACAUGGACCCUUCCUUACGUUCUUAUUUUUUGCCAUUCUCUCAUCCUUGUUACUAAUAGAGAGAGGAAACAGGUCUGAGCAGAUAGAAGUUGGUCUGUGUCUCGGACACAUCCUGGCUGUGUGACUUUGGGCCAGCCCCUCAAGAUCUCAACACCCUACACAAUUCCUUAAGACCGAUAAGGACUUGCAGAGAAAAUGCCCACCUGCCUGGCAAAGGGAGCUUCUUCAACUUGAGAGUGUUCUCUACCAGCGAACUCGCACAACCCAUUCCUAUCCCUUAAUUAUCUCCUUUUCUGUGCCUUUCAAGUCAGCAACAUUCAGGAUGCAGAAUUUGGCAAUCUUGGUUUUUGACACUUUGACAAUCAGUCGGUAACUGAAUGGCUAAUAUAUCCAGGAUUUAUUCCUCUGGCACAUUCUAUUUCUUCAGUAAUCCUUUGGGGAUUUAAAUGUGUUUGGUUCACUUUACUGUGAGCUAUCAACACUGAACAAGAAUGCCCUCUUCCUCGUACCUAAUGCAAAAUUGUCACUUGUCCAAAUCAGGGGUAUAUGCUGUGUUUUACCCUUAUUAAAUGAAAACCUUUAAAAGCGUAUUUCCAAUUCAAAGUAAAAUGUAUUCAAGAAACAUUCCUCUUGGGUAUUGGUGCAUACAUUUCCAAGUUUAACAAGCAGAGUUCAACACAGGGUGUCCAUUAAAGCAGCAUAUCUCCAUGGAAAAUCCCCUCCUGCUGACUAAGAUGCUACCUGUUUUUACUGGGUCUAGUUCACAAAGGUGUUUCGAACGGCAGCGUUUAAUGGAAAAUCCAUUGGGCAUGGGGGUCAGAUGACUCGGUUUCACAUCCUAGUUCUACCACUUAUUCUUGUGACCUUGAACACCUCACUUGACCUGUAAUAAUUCUCAAUUCUGUCAUCUGUUAAAUAAGAGAGUUGAACUAUGUGACUUCUAAGAUUAUUUCCAAUUCUGAAAGCUCUGUUCCUUAGCUCAAUUUUAUGUGAAUAAUAGAUUUAGCUAAGUGGAGUAGCAGGAACUUUUUACCAGCAAGAACUACUUUGGCAGCAUAUUUUCAAGGGUGAAAGAAGGGGCAUUCAUGCUUGGAAAGUACUAGGGGUACAAGGUUAUAAAUCAGAGAUUUCCCUCUGACUAUUUUGAAGUCAACUGCUCUCCCUUCAACUGAGUACCCAGAAUUUUAUAAACAAUGGCUACUUUCUACAAUAGCCUGGUCAUACUUGAAUUAUACUGGAACUAAAAGGGGACAUUUUCUGUUUGAGGCCAUUUCUGAUAGCCCUCAACACAACACCCCAGAGCAACCACUUAAAAAUAUAUUUAAAAUAAAAAAUAAUUCCUCUUCUUUACUGAAAAACAUCUCCACAGAUAGGAAUUGUGUACUGUGUAUUACACAGAACUUAAAUGGGUCUUUCAUUGAGAAAGUGUUUCUUCUCAUAGUCAAACCAAUGUUUCCAAAAAAGUGUGGCCCUAUAGUGUUACUCUUGGAUAUAACCUAUUUUCAUACUUUUAGAUCUCAAAAUUCUUUUUCUAAGUAUUGCUUACUAAUCUGCUUCUGGGAAUGGGCUUUAAAAGCAUGUUAUCAGGAGUAGUUCUUUACAUUCUAAAAUUAUCCUUCAUCACAUCUCUUUUAGUUGAUCAAAGUUCAAAAUGUCAUAGGAGUUGAAAUGGAAAAAAAAACAUUUUACAAGCCGUGAAUCAUCUUUCUCAAAUAUGCUUAAGAUUAUUUCACCAAAAUGGUAGGAGCCAGAGCAAGGGCAACACACAGCUAAUGAUUUAUGUGUUUUUCUCAGCAGUAUUAUGCUUUAAUUAAUUUGUGCUCCUAAACCCCAUUAGAAUGUAAUUUCUUUGGGAGUAGGAAUCAUUUCACUCUUUGUACUUGUAGUCCUAGUAUCUCAUCACAUAGUAGGUAUUUAAUAAAUGCUUUUUUAACUUGAUUUGAUUUUUGAUUGCCUGACUGGCUUCUCUGACCAUUUCUCUACAAUUUGUUCUGUACCAUGCCUAUUGAAUAAAGCUAAAUAAAGGA